AGUUCUCAAAUUAAGGGCGUAGAACGGAAAAGAAGAACUGGCAAUAAACUCUCCGCCACUCUUUGUAACUCAAUUAAAACAAAUCAGUGGCGCUACAAUCUUUGUAGGUUUGGGACUCAGAUUCAUUCAUUCUGUAUCUCUAAGUAGGUGAUCAGCCUCCUAUGCCUGAUACACGCCGUCGACUUUUUGGGUCUAAGACACGCCGGUUAUCUCACGAUGUUUUGCUUCACCGUUCGAGCGAUUGUUAAAUGCGGUCAUAGGAAGUCUUUUGGUACACAGCCGGGGAUCGAUCCUACGACCUCAGGGAUGAGAGUCGCAUGCUGAAGCCACUAGGGCAAAACUUUUGUUGCAAUUAUGUGCUGGGAUUCGUACCAAAACUGAAAGUAAUCUUACUUUGUUUCGACGAAUAUAAUAAUUAAAUUAUUCAAAUUUAAUACCUGUUUAUCAAUAAUGUGACUAAAGCUUCUUUUUCUAAUUAGUCGGACCUAAUAUAAUUGCUUUGAAAUUUUAAUUACUAAUUAAUUAAUUGUAAUAAUAAUUACCUAAUAAAAGAUUACGUUGAACAAAAGGAUAAGGUUAUUAUAAUUACUUAAUUAGGUUCCUUUAAUAUAUUUUUGAUAAUUAUAUCGUAGUGAUAUAUACGAGUGUAAUUUUGGGAGACUUUCAUUGCUAAUUUGGCAGUUUACGCUAUACUAUGUCUAAAAGCUUCUAGCUCUAAUUUGUUACACCUACAUAAAACGCAAACAAGAUGUGUGUAUUUGCAAUAUUGUGUUUCGCUGCGAUAGCUACCGCACUACCUCUUGAUAAGACAGCUUUCAAUAAUAUUACUGAUAUCCUGAGUACUGAAAAGCUACCAAUAGAAUCAACAAAUUUGCCUCAAUCACAUGAUAAUUUGAAUCAAGGCAAAUUUGUUGCAAGUAAUGUUGAAAACUCUGGUGAACUUAAAAAUAACUCAAAAGACUAUCAUGAUGGGAGGGGAGACACACCUCUGCUUGAUUUGGGUUCAUAUGAGGAACAACAUAAUAAAGAAAAAGAUAUAUCGUUGAAUAGCAACCACGAACCUAUUAUAAAAAAUGAAAAAAUGGAAAACAAUAUGACUAAUGAGUUUGCAGAACCUAAGUCAACUGAUAAUGUUCCAAUCACAGAGACAAACACAGUAUUAGGAGAAAGUACUACUUUAUCUGUCUCUACUGAAAAGGAAGAACAAACAUCAUUAGUAACAUCUAACUCUCUUCAGGAAAUACGAGGAUUAGAAAACCAAAAGACUAUCUCUACGCCUCUACCUCUGAUUGAUAUUCAACACAAACACUUGAAAGAAAAUAUAUUUUCACCAGCACCCAAUUCUGGUCCACAAAACAAACAAGUGUCAGAAACACAAGAGAUAACAUCUUCACCUGUUCCUAAAUCUGAUAGUCAACAAAAAGAACAAGAAUUCAAAAGUGAAGCGAGUAAAGUGAGUGAAGCACCGAAAACGCCUUCAUCAAUUCCUGAAUCUGUAAGUCAACCAAAAGAACAAUUACAAGAUAUAACGACGAAAAGCUUUCCAAAAUCUCAGAUUCAAUCAAAGGGAGAAAUCUCAGUAAGUAAACCAAAAACCACCUCACAUUUACCCGACACUAAAACUCAACAAAGCGGUCAAUCAUUGAAAAAACAAAUAAUGCCUUUUACAAAUUUACUUGCUUCUGGUAAUUCAAAAAGACAAGAAGUAAUAGAAGGUGAACAUAAAAUACAUUCCUCAUUACCUGAAAUUAAAAUUCAACAAAAAGAACAAGUACUAAAAGGAAAAGACAAAACAUCUCCACUGUUAUCAGCAUUCAAUAAUAAAAAAGGACAUGUAAUACCCUUACCUGAUUCUCAUGUUCUACAAAAAGAGCGAGGACCAAAUGCAGAAAAGAGUUAUCUUGCAAAUAAGCUAAAAGGACACAACAUGAAACAAGAACCUAAAGCGGUAGCGCCUGUACACAUACUUGAAAAUCAAAAACAAAAAGUACCAGAAAGGGAAGAGAUCACUUCUUAUCCUAUAUCUGAUAUUGAGAAAGAAGAAGACGAAUUAGGAGAAAUAUAUAAUUGUGCAGAAGAAAGAUACCCUUGGUUUAACGUAGCCGUGCCUCCUCUGUUUUAUGGAAAUGGACUUCAGGCACCUGUUCCGGUAGACCUUUCACCACCUCCAAUUUUCUUACCAUAUCCCAACCCCUUCUUCUAUAAACGCCCGCUUAUAAGAUAUCCUAAUUUUGUGAUUGUUUAAAGAGAGUAUCAAUUAGAAAAUAAAAUUUAAAAUGAAAAAGUUUUUUUUAUACUUUUAACUGCCACUAAACGAGAUUGAUUAUAAUUACGUAACAAAACGUAUAACGUAUCGUUUCGUCUUCGUUAUAUCAGUGGAUUGUAAAAAUAAGUUCAAUUAUAUUUGUGAUUAAUUACCAAUAUACCUAAUUCCAAAAAGGUGUUUGGUAAAAGAUGUUGAAAAAUAUUCUAGAGCAUGUGAUGUUUUUCCAAACUUUAGUAAUGGAAUAAUUCAUUAGCUGUAUUAUCAAUAUUUGAAAUAAAUGGUUGUAGUAAUUAUAAGAGUAUAAAAUGCACUGAAGAACAAAAUCAAUUGAGUAUUGAUUUGUAUUUAUCAAUAAAGGAAUAGCGAUUUUUAGGUAAGACAAUUCAUGUUUAAUUUAAUAAGUUCUAAAAGUGAUGAGCUGUUGAGUAACAGAUUUGCUUGAUAAUAAUAAUCAUUAUUUUCUCCCAAUUAUCUUGAUU